CCACAGAUCAUCACAGAUCAACUCCCUGCCAGAAGACAGUCAAGAUGUCCAGAUACAGCUAUUAUCGACGUGAGCACAAAGCAAUUUUCUGUAGGGAUCGUGGCCGUGGUGGCAUGGUGAAGGUAGACAUCCUGCCAUUGCAACAUGUUUGGCUCCAAAUUCCACAUAUUUCAGCCAAAGUGAACAAAUUCACUAUAGUUGAUCCUGUAGCUCCAGAACCAGAGGCCGACCUCAGAGUGGUGCUGGUGGGUCAGGAAAGAGUCGGGAAGAGCUCAGCAGGAAACACCAUCCUGGGAAGGAAGGAGUUUAACUCUGAACUCAGUUUGGUUCCUCUGACUCUGAGCAGUAAGAGGGCAGAAGGAGAAGUUUUGUCUCGUAGAGUCUCUGUGGUGGACACGCCCGGACUCUCCAGCUCUGUUCUUACACCAGAAGAAGUGAAAGCUGAGAUCCAGAGAGCUGUGGAGCUGAGCUCUCCUGGUCCUCAUGUUUUUCUGCUCACCAUCCAGCUGGGAAGAUUCACUGAACAGGAGAAGAGAGGAUUGGAGAUGCUGCAGGAGAUUCUGGGUCCAGAGGUUUCCAAGAACACCAUGAUCCUGUUCACCUACGGAGACCGACUGGAACAAACAGGCAUCGAUAUUCAUCAGUUUGUAAAAAGAGAUAAAAACGUGCAGAAACUGCUGAAGAGCUGCAGUGGGAUGUAUCAUGUGUUCAAUAAUCAGAAGAUGGAAGACAGGAAGCAGGUCCAGGAUCUGCUGGACAAAAUAGAUUCACUCAGGAAACGUCGUUAUUUCCCCAAGAUAACAAGGACUGCAUUAGUAUCUAUUGCUAUUGUUAUUUUAUUGGCAAUACAAUUCAGAUCAGGUGCAGAUCAGGAGAAUCUCAUUAAUUCUGAAUUAAAAUUAUACAUUGUAAAGUGUUCAUAUUGUAAAUCUUUAAUAGUCUUAAAUAUUUGACACAUGAUACCACAUAGGGGCACAUUUUAACAGAAAAUUAUGAAAAUUCACUGUAACGUACUUUAU